GCCGCGCUCUGCUGGCCCAACACGCUUCUGGUUCUGACACGGACUCAGAAAGAAACCACCAUGGUGCUGUCUGCUGCUGACAAGACCAACGUCAAGACUGCCUGGGACAAGAUCGGCGGCCAUGGUCCCGCGUUUGGCGGGGAGGCCCUGGACAGGAUGUUCCUGAGCUUCCCCACCACCAAGACCUACUUCCACCACUUUGACCUGAGUCCCGGCUCCGGCGAUAUCCAGAGCCAUGGCAAGAAGGUGGCCGAGGCGCUAGCCACCGCCGCGGGCCACCUGGAUGACCUGCCCGGCGCCCUAUCUACUCUGAGCGAUCUGCACGCGCACAAGUUGCGUGUGGACCCGGUCAACUUCAAGCUCCUGAGCCACUGCCUGCUGGUGACCCUGGCGGCUCACAUGCCGGCUGAUUUCACCCCUGCGGUGCACGCCUCCCUGGACAAGUUCUUGGCCUCUGUGAGCACCGUGCUGACCUCCAAAUACCGUUAAGCUGGAGCCUUGGUGGCCUCGCCCAAGCCCACCAGGCCUCUGUCCAGGCCCUCCUCCCCUCCCCUCCUCCUGGCACCUGCACCUCUUGGUCUUUGAAUAAAGUCUGAGUGGGCGGCA